AUGAAGUUCUCGACCAUCCUCGCCGUUGCCGUCGCGUCGGCCGCUGCCGGCCCGUGCGAUAUCGCCGUCUUGACGGAGAAGUUUGCGCCCGUGCUCACGUCGUCGAGCUACCCGCUGUGCUCGGCCGACACGGGUUACCAGCUCGCUAGCCUCCUCACGGGCCCGCUCCCGACCUCAACGCAGGCGGCGGCGCUCGUCAAGAGCGACAACUGCCAGACGCUCUACACCGGCCCGCUCCAGAAGGUUGCCGGCAGCGUUACCCCGUCGUGCACCCUCGGUGGCGUCGAGCUCAGCGUGAUUGCCGUGACGCCGAUGGACAAGGCGCUCGCUGCCUUGGCGGCUGCUGCGGCGCCGGCGGCUGCAAUCCCG